AUGAACUCUACAAUAAAUGACACCAGCCACAUCCCUCCAAAUGGCAUCGGUGCUCUGUCUUUCACGCCAAUGCUCGCACCAAACGCUAUAUUCACCACCAUAUAUACAAUACUCCUCCUUAUCCAGCUCGUUCUAACCGUUCGGUUCUGGCGCUACUAUGGCUAUGCUAUCGGCAUGUUGGGCGGCCUCAUCCUCGAGCUCGUGGGCUACAUCGCCAAAGUCCAACUCUCCCACAACCGAGCAGACAAGAACGGAUACAUCAUGUAUCAUCUCAUCUCCCAAAAUCUCCCCCCCUUUACCGUCUUUCCCUUUGCUAACAAGAUCUUGGAUGUCUGCUGCUAUAGGUACAUCAUCGGCCUCACUCUAGGCCCUACAUUCCUCUCCUCGUCGCUAUAUCUCGGCAUCAGCGCCCUGCAAAGACACCACGAAGCAGCCCGGUUUCCACGACUCAGCCCAAAACUCUUCGCCGCCAUGUUUAUCCUUGGUGAUUUCAUCUGUCUGUGCUUCAUCGGAUGCGGCGGCUCGCUCGCCGCCAUCUACGCCGAGAAUCCAAUUGGAGUUGAUCUCAUGAUUGCAGGGCUCGCCACUCAAGUUCUGUUCACAACCAUAUUCUGCAUUCUCCUUGCAUUGGUGUGCAGAAAGAUACACCACCACCUUGCCACAGAUAACAAGAUUAGCUACAUAUAUUGCGUAGCAACAGCUGCCAUUUGUCUUUUCAUCCGUUCUUGCUGGCGUGUGGUCGAGUUGAAUGGAGGCUUCAACGGCCCUCUGUCAGAUAAAGAAGGCAUCUUUAUUGCCUUGGAUUCCAUUCCCAUGAUCAUCAUGUCGGUCCUCCUGACAGUAACUCAUCCAGAGUUUUGGUUCGACAAACGAAGCCAUCUGCGGGUGGAGGAGGCAUUCGCAGCAUCAUCUUGCUUCUAUCAGUCAAAUAUGACCUAUUACGUCCUUCUAGCAUGA